UGUGCGCACGACCUGGGUAAAGAUGGCCGCCUGUGCGUUACGUCGUGGGCUACUGACGACUGUCAGUAAAUACAACAAAAAACACACACAAAGACUAUUGGGUAUAAUCGACAGUGGUGGUGGAUACGAAGUAUACAGACCGCGAUUACAAUGCCUGGCUUGCGGACUGUCCAGCACUAUUCAACAGACGAGGUUCAUGUCAUCGCGGAACAGGCCUGAGGGGAAGGUCUUGGAGACAGUUGGAGUGUUUGAGGCUGUGAAGCAGCAUGGCAAAUAUGAAACAGGCCAGCUGUUUUUGCACAGUGUGUUUGGCUACAGAGGCAUUGUCUUGUUUCCCUGGCAUGCUCGACUCUAUGACAGAGAUGUCACCCCUCCCAUAUCUGAUAGUAAACCAGAACCGCCAGGAGCCCAUGGCUCCAAGGAAGUGAAGGGGAAGACUCACACCUACUACCAGGUCCUGAUUGACACUAGGGACUGCCCCCACAUAUCUCAGAGGUCCCAGACAGAAGCAGUUACAUUUUUGGCUAACCAUGAUGACAGCAGAGCACUGUAUGCCAUCCCAGGCUUGGACUAUGUGAGUCAUGAAGACAUCCUGCCCUAUAACUCUACUGAGCAGAUCCCCAUCCAGCAUGAGCUGUUCGAACGCUUCCUCAUGUUCAACCCUUCCAAAUCUCCUCCCUUCACGGCCAGAGACACCCUGAAAGCGUGGCAGGAGAAGAACCAUCCCUGGCUGGAGUUAUCAGACGUCCACAGAGAGACCACAGAAAACAUCCGUGUCACAGUCAUCCCCUUCUACAUGGGCAUGAGGGAGGCCCAGAACUCCCAUGUGUACUGGUGGCGGUACUGUAUCCGUCUGGAGAAUAUGGGCAAUGAAGUUGUCCAGCUGCGAGAGAGACACUGGAGGAUCUUCAGCCUCUCAGGAACCUUGGAAACAGUCAGAGGGCGAGGGGUCGUAGGAAGGGAGCCAGUGUUGUCUAAAGAACAACCAGCCUUUCAGUACAGUAGCCAUGUCUCCCUACAAGCCCCCAGCGGUCACAUGUGGGGGACUUUCCGCAUUGAGAGGACAGACGGCUCCCACUUUGACGUGCGCAUUCCACCUUUCUCCCUGGAGAGCAACAAAGAUGACAAGGCUCCCCCUGCUGGUUACACAUUUUAACUGCAAUUAGAAGCCUCACUUCCAUAAGACCCCGGGCUCGCUAUCAGUCCCGGCCACACAUAAGUUCUUUAAAAUUAUCCCUUUCCUGCUAAAUUUCCUUAACCUUUACCAUAAUUGUCAAAUGUGUAUGGUUAAGGAAAGGGAUGAUUUAACUCUUUCCACAUGAUCCAAACUCAGUCCCACUGUAAGAACUUCCACCGCCACAGUGCGCUCUUCUUCUGCGCUGAUAAACUGUUGGGAGUCUUAUUCUGUUAUGUGGUGAAAGAAAAGUGCACUGUCCAGUGGGAAAGAAUUGUGAGGUCAGGAUUAUAUUUAAUAUUGCUAAGCUGAGCUGAACUUGUUCCUGCAUCCACCGUGGCGAGUGCAGCUGCCACGAGGUGUGCAUUUAAAGUGAUUUUCCUGCUCCGUUGAUUGCCGUAAGGCUCCGAGUGUUAAGUAGCUCUGACAGUAAAAAAAAGUGAAGCUCAACUUCACACCAAUGUUAAUGGUAUACUUUCAAAUCAUUGAGAUGUUGACCAAAAGCCAUGCUUUUCCCUUCCUCUGAUCAUUCGAUCACCAAAAUCCUCUCUUCCCAUUGGAAUACAGGCUUCACUUCUGAAUGUCAACCUUCAUCUUUGUAGCCUCUUUGACAAAUGAAAGCCAAAACGAAGUUUUCAUCCUUGACUCAAGUUGGAUGUCUUCCUAUAAAGCUGACAGUUUUUUUUAAGAUAUAGAUUUUUAAAUUUGUUCUUUUUGACGCCAUAAUUUUUCUCUUGUCAGGAAAGAAACUAACUUUUGUGACUGUGAUGGUUGAUGUAUUACUGUAAAUAGGAUGUAAUUAAAAGCAAAACAAUAAAUAUACCUUUGGAAAAAAAA